CCAAAGACAAAGUAUAAAUGGAAACAUGGUUUAUUUUAAUAAACUAGUUCUGUGAGUCUUGACUCUUUACCGUCUGCAGGCAGAGAAACCACUUCUCGGACUCACAACAUUCAGGACAUACAGGAAAACUUAUUAGUUCGAGCUGAAAGAAGUAUUUUAAUGUUUUAGUAUUUCUAAAAAAUUCAUAUAUAACUGUAUGAUUCCUUAAAGGUGCAAGUAGAAUGGCAAAAGAAUUCAGAAAGUGUAUUUUGGGGCCCGUGAAUGCAGGAUAUACCCUGGCUUAUUCCUCUUUAUUAAAAGACCAAGUUGACCGACCUUUUCUGUUUAACCCGAAACCAUUCCGGAGCUACAGAGCUCGUAACUUUUUAAAUAUUUACAGAGAAGGUUCCAAUGUCAUCGAUCCCCCAGAAAAGGUAGGCCGAUUAGAUUAUAAAGAGACACAUAAAAUGCCUGCAAUUGAUUGCUUACUAGUGGAUUCUUGUAUUACAAAGACGCGGAAAACAAUAAAGAUGAUGAAGUCUUUAUUACAUAAAGAGAGCUCUGUCAUAUUGCUAAAUCAAGAUAUCUCUUUAUGGAUGGAAUACAGUUCUAUAUUUGAAGAUCCGCUGAAACGACCCAAACUUUAUUUAGGGAAGUUCCAGAAUUUUUCAACGAACAGACCGAAAAAUAUUAUUCAAACUAGCUCUCUUCCUUACCUAAGACUGUGUGAAAUGCCAACCAGCCCAAACUUCGACUGGGACAUAUCAAAACUUCAAGAAGUCAGUUGCUUACCGCCAGAAUUGGAUCACUUUCUAAAUAUGGAACCUCUUGGAAAGACAAAACUUCAAAGUACAAAGCAAUUUUUGACUGAACAGGUCUGUGACUUAAUGGUAUUAAUGACGAAGAGCCUUCCCAAUCCUCAAAUGAAGAGGAAUGCCAUCUAUUUAUGGCUAGACGUAAUAUCGAAGUUACCAUUCUUCCCUUACUUAGAAACGUCUCUUCUAAGCUUUGAUGCAUUGUAUCAGUCUACUUGUUUUACUCCUACAACAUAUUUGAAUGUUCCCCCUUUAGAAGCCAAUAUCAUCUCAAAGUACCAUUGCAUGAAAACACUCUUGAAAUUCGCAACCUUUCAUGUUAACGAUCCUUCACUCCAUACUUUUUUGAACCAUUUGUUAAAUUUCUCUGUCCGUAACUAUAAUUCCCUAUUCCCUUUCUCGACCUCUGAACCACCUUCUAAUUUGUUUUCUAUGAUCGAAAAAAUUCCAAUCCCAAAUGUUUCUGAUUGAGGUUAUGUUAGUAUUCGUUCGUUUUGCAUGUCUACGAAAUCUGUUUUUUUCAACCUCUUUCCUCCUUGCCAACUUUCUGAUAUUUCUUCCUUGAGAGGAGUACUGAUGAUUCUACUUUCUUUAUUUUAAUCGAAUUAGGACCUGUCUGAAGCUCAUUCAGCAAAUUGGGGCGUCCUUUCACCAAAUGCCUUUUACAUUCUUACUCCUCGAGUAAAUGACAAGUUGAACAGAAGCCAGCGGAACCCAUCUCCUUUCUCGAAUCUUUUAAAAUGAAUGCAUUCUUUUUAUUUUUUUCUUUUUCCUAUUGAAUAAACAAAUAAUUCGAUUCAUACUUGGUAUUUAUUCUUUUUACCCAGGUAACACAGUUACCUGGGAAGCAUAAUGUCCUUUGCAUGCAAGGGUGCAGC